UUCAUUCCAGUGACGCUGGCGAAGAGUGAUAGAUGACACUCGUAACGUCCGGGAGUACUCUUCAAAUCUUAUUCAGUUGUAGAGACAUUGGUAAAGACUAGCAGAUAUGCAACAUCUAAGGAGCAUCCUUAAGUCGGGCCUAGGUGUCCUACUAGCAAUGAUGGUGGCAUCUGGAGCCGCGCUGACUUCCAUUCUCAUGCGUCUGACCAAACGGGGCGGCGUACAGAACUUUCAGUCCAUCUUCUGGAACCAAGUCGCGCAGAUGAUCUUCGUCUUGUGUCUUACCAUUGCCGUUCGACCCAAACUCAGAAGGGAAAGUUGGAAGGAGACCGCCGUUUUGGUUUCAGGAGGAAUAAUCCGCGUUGUGGCAACAGUGUGUUUGUGCCUGUCGUAUCUACAUGUUUUACCGGGAAACACCAGCUCUGUUGUGUACGGCCUUGGCCCCGUUCUCACCAUUGGACUAGCAGCACUGAUCACCAAGGAACGACCAACUGUCGUCCACAUCAUCGGGAUGGUCAUCUGCAUCUGUGGGGUGACCAUGGUCGGGGUUUCCAUGAAUGCCAAGGAGACUAACAAUCAGACUGUGCAACAACAAGUAGUGACUUUACUGUAUCCAAUUUCUGCUAGUGCUCUCCUCACCCUAGGCCUGUGUUGGGUCUUACUGAGAUGGCUCUCCAAACGAGGCGUUCCUCUUGUAACACACAUGUUCUACUACAGCAUUGAUGGUAUCCUCCUCUUGCCUCUUGCUUACGUAGUAGAGAAGCCGAAGUGGAGUUUUCCUCCAGAUACAUGGGGGUUACUAGUUGCCCAGACGCUUGCUUAUGCUAUGCAAUAUCUCUGUAACGCUGCCGCCAUUCAUAAUGAGACCGCCGCAACAGUUCAAAUUGUAAAGGUCCUGACCGUUCCUUCGGUAUUUGUCCUCGGUUUCUUCGUUCUAGAGAUGGUUCCUAAUGUUUUAGAAAUAUGCGGUGGGGCUAUAGUAACGGUAGGGGCGAUGGUGGUCGGUCUAUGGACCUGGAGAUUAAAUCUUAAGCAGCAACGUCGUGAACUAGAGGUGGGUACCGGUACAGAAAAGUCAGGUCCAGGUUCGGUUCAGGUCGUGAAGAUCAGGUGCAAAUCCGGAUCUGAACCUGGACCUGAUUCAGUUUGUGAAAACGUGUGAAUGGAAGGUGGUUUGUGGAGUAUUCGACUCACUCUGGCGUUUUAAAAUCCUACAAGGUUAAGCGCCUCUGUACGGUUGACUGUAAAGCUUGGUAGAAAUGACUAUACAUUCUACUCUACUUCGCUCUUGUUAUUUUCCUCGAUCGGUAUGAUUCAGUAUGAAUGAAUGAAUGAAUGAAUGAACUUUAUUGCAUGACAUUUGUUCAUGGUACAAUGUAAGGCAACGGUAAUAGAUAAAUUUGUACAACGAUACUACAUAUUACUAUAACUACAUAGAUUACAAGUACAGUGAA